GGUUACGAGACAGCCGCCGGUGGAAUCCGAUCUUCUGGUAGUGGUCAAAUUUUGAGUUGCGAUUCUUGUUCGGAGAAGAAGAAAAUCUCGCCGGUUCCCUCCACUGAAACCCUAGGCCGAUCACCGCAGAUUUUGCAGCCAUGGCGAGCACUAAGGUUCAGAGGAUUAUGACCCAACCCAUUAACCUGAUCUUCAGGUUUCUUCAGAGCAAAGCUCGUAUCCAGAUUUGGUUGUUUGAGCAGAAGGAUUUGAGAAUUGAAGGCCGAAUCAUUGGAUUUGAUGAGUACAUGAACUUGGUGUUGGAUGAUGCCGAGGAGGUCAAUGUCAAGAAGAAGAGCAGAAAGUCUCUAGGGAGGAUUCUUCUUAAAGGAGACAACAUUACUCUCAUGAUGAACACGGGAAAGUGAGCUACCUCCAUUUUGGACCGCCAUGUGUAGACGAUAGCAGUGUGCAUGAAAGUGGAAGGCUGUCUGUUCGUCCGGGGUUCUUGUCGACGUUCCAUAUAAGACUAAUGAAAAAUACUUGAGACUGCUUUUAGGUUGGGUCUGUAUCGUAUUCCAAGUUGUAGUAGUUCGUGUGAUGAAAUGAUAUCCAACUCAUGAGAAAGUAAACAUCUAUGGGUUAACCUGUCAUUUCUUUAUCAAUGGCAAGGUGUAGUUGUCCUCUUUAACUCAUUCCAGUUUCUUUGUACUUCUUUAGUUUUCUGAAUGACCAUUACAACUUUGUUCAUAUAGCUGGGGCUUGGGGCUAACCAAUGCUGCUGCGUUGAAUCCCUCGAAUCUCGCUGAUCAAGGCACACUCAUUUUCUUUUCUGCUCAUUCUCAUGCUGUCUUUCUGCAUUUGCCCUUCCCAUGAAGCAUCGAAUCUAACGAAGAAAAUAGACAUAAAUUAGCCCUAUUUGCCGGAGCAAUCCCUCUCUUCAAUCAAAAUCAAGAACACUCCAAUGGAGAAGAACUUGGUCUCCAUUGUCUUCCUUGUUAAUCUCUUAAUAGGAGUCCCAUUGUUGUCUCUCUUUGUCACCUCCUCCACUGCUUCUUCUGACUCUGACUCUGGCGAAGUUGGUAAGUCAACUCACCCAUUUCCUCCCUUCCCAGCUGCUAGCCUGCUAGUUCUAAGGGUAGUUGGAGUUUGUAGAUCUUCUUCCAGCAGUUCUUCUCCUUCUUCUGUCAUUGCUGAGUCCAACACAUUUUGGGGAUUGAUUUUUCAAAUGCUGCUGCAGGAGAACAGGAUAGAAUUGAGUUUGUUUUGAGUUAUUACAACAGCUGGUUUGGAUCAACUUUUGCGGAAUUGAGAAAUGGUUUUAUUUGUAUGUCUGAUCCUGAAGUGUAUAUUCACCUCAGCUGUAGGACCGACCAUUCUGCAGGGAUGGAUUUCGUGAACUUGUGCGAUUCAUAGGGAUCAGGAUUUGAUAUUCUCUUGACGAGAUUUUAAGUUCGAAUCCUAGAACCAAAUUCGUGAUCCAAACAACUAGUACUAGAAACCACUUUUGUGCUUCUGGCUGAGACUUAGGAUGGCAUUUGCAUGUUAAUUUUUACCUGUUUCUAUGCAUUUUACCUCAGUGCAAUGUGUUCAAGGGGAGAAUUUUUUAUUCUUGGUGAACAAUGCAGAUGAUGAAUCUUCUUUCACAUAUGAAGAGAAGAGUGGGAAAGGUCCCAGAAGUUGGGGAGAGAUAAACCCACAUUGGCAAGCCUGCAAAAAUGGAACUUUGCAGUCUCCAAUUGACCUACUGGACCAAAGGGUCCAGGUCCUUUCACAUCUGGGGAGGCUCAACAGAGACUACAAACCAGCUCCUGCCACUGUCAAAAAUAGAGGCCACGAUAUCACAGUGAUGUGGAAAGGGGAAGCAGGCGAGAUCAAGAUCAAUGGUACAGAGUAUAAGCUGCUGCAGUGUCAUUGGCAUUCCCCCUCUGAGCACACUAUUAAUGGUACAAGGUACGAGUUGGAGCUGCACUUGGUGCACAAAUGCUCUCAAGGGAAUCUGGCAGUGGUUUCAAUAGUCUACAAAUAUGGCCGCCCUGAUCGAAUGCUAUCCAAGGUUAGAAGGCAAAUUUGUGGAAUUGAUGAACAGUUGUUCCACCACAUAAAGUCAGUGGAUCCAAAGCAAGACAAGGAAUUGGGGAUAGUGAAUCCAGGAGAUAUCAAGUUUGGGAGCAGCAGGAAGUACUACAGAUACCUUGGUUCCCUCACUGUUCCUCCCUGCACCGAAGGCGUCAUAUGGACGAUUGUUCAGAAGGUGAGGACAGUGUCAAAGGAACAAGUUAGAGCCCUAAGGGAAGCUGUUCAUGAUGGAUUUGAGGCAAAUGCAAGGCCAAUUCAGCCGUUGGAUGGAAGACCUGUGUAUCAGUAUCCAUGAAACAUAAAACAAAGUGAGGAGAAGAAUCAAUGAGACACAAUGAAGUGAUUAGGAACAAAUUUGGUUGAAAGUGAUUCCUUUCUCGACUUGUAUUCUUUUUUACUUCAUAAAAGACGGACAAGAAAGCACAAUUUCAUGUACCAGUGUUUCUUUUCGAUCAAAAUAGCAUAAAGAUAAAUAAGAAGAUAGUUCAUGUGGCAGAUACCUCCAGCCCAGCUAUCUUCGUAUGAAACUUCAAAUAUUUUGCAGCAACUAAAACCAAAACACUCAGUACACCAACUUUAAUCAGAGUUGAAGAAGAACUGAAUGGUCGAUUCUUCUUCCCAGUGCUGUUGUCAACAACAACAGCAGCUGAUCCAGUCCCGCCCAGAGGUGAUGCCAUCUUCAUGAACGAUGAAUACUCUUCUAUAUCAGCUCUUGUUAGAGCUGGUUUCAGGGAACUCAACGCCGUCUGAAAAUGAUGGUUGCAGACCACACCAGUAGAUAUGUUUUCCCGCAGAGCUACGAUCCCAGCUUCUCGACAUAGGCCCUCCAGUUCAGCACCUGUGAAGAGCUCGGUAUUCUCUGCUAUUGUUCUGAGGUCGACAUCAUCGUCGAUGGCCAUGUUUCGUGUGUGAACAUUGAGGAUCUCGAGUCGAGCCUCUUUAUCAGGUGGCGGCACAUACAACACCAAAUCAAAGCGUCCGGGGCGCAUCAGCGCUGCAUCUAUUGCAUGUGGACGAUUGGUGGCAGCCAAAACAAGGAUGCCCUGGUAGCAUAAUAAAGGAAGCACAUUAUUGUGACAUAAUAUAUGGUACCGUGGCUUGGAAAAUCCUUCGGAUGGUGAAGUAAAUGCUUAAUGUUGUUGCUUGUUAGGACUUACUUUUGCCUGUUCCAGGCCGUCCAUUUCAGUCAGUAGAGUAGAUAAAAGCCUCUCCGCU